AUGUCUACCGCUAUACCUUUCAAAUUCUUUUCAAAGUAUUCGUGUUUUUACUGUUCUAAAAAGUUUGUCGAAUUUGAAGAACUUAAAGAGCAUACUCUCAGGGAACACCCGAUUUGCGACGUCAAAUCUAAGUGCAUGAAGAAAUGCAAAGGUGAAAGGAUAAAUGUUAAAGUGGAUGUCGCCAAUUUAGCGUGCAAAAUAUGCUGUCAGCCUAUUGACGACUUAGACAUAUUAAUAGAUCAUCUCAUAGCUGACCAUAAAGCUAAUUAUGACAAGUCUCUAAAACGCUGCUUCGAACCUUUCCGCAUAAUCAAAGACAAUAUGCCAUGUCCCCUAUGUUCCGAUAAGACUUUUAGAUAUUUCAGCACCCUUCUAAGACAUAUCAACUCCGAACACAGCAACAAUAACAGAAUCUGCGAUUUCUGCGGUCGUAGUUUCAAAAAUGUCACCAAUCUCAAAGUUCACAUCACUUACGCUCAUACCGGUUCAUGCGAAUGCGACGUAUGCGGGCUUAAAUUUAAAAACCAAUGGUGUCUCGCGCGGCAUAAAGCUAAAACCCACAACGCGAAAGAUUACAAGUGUCCUAAAUGCCCCGAACAAUUCCAAUCUCAGUACCACAAGCAGAAGCACCUAAUAACGACCCACGACAUCGGCCACAAGUGUUCUUACUGCGGCAAAAUGUUCACAAGGAACUCCUUUAUGAAGGAUCAUAUCCGUAGAACGCAUUUGAAGGAGAAAAACGUGCCUUGCUCCGUUUGUAACGAAAAGUUCUUUGAUAACUAUCUCCUUCGCAUGCACAUGGUGAAGCAUGAGGGAGAGAGAAAGUUCAGCUGCGAAGUUUGUGGUUCGAUAUACCUGUCGCCAGUCGAUAACAAACCAAGACCUCAAUGGACACCCGAAGCAAGACGGAGGAACAUCGAAUCCGUCCUGUUAUACAGCAACGUUGUACCCUUUAUCUGGAAUCGCGGAAAAUACAACUGCUUCUUCUGCAUGGACACGCAAAAAAACCCCAACGAAAUACGCAGCCACUACGAAACUCACGACUGCCUUAACUUACCCAUAGCCGUUAGAAGUUACACUCAGAUACAAGCCAACGCAGACGCGGCGAUCAAAGUAGAAAUCACGAAUUUACAUUGCAAGCUUUGCUCAUACAAGAAUCAAGAUCUCGACGAGCUCAUAAAACAUCUCAUUGACAGUCACGACGUCGAUUACGAUCUCAACAUACCGAACUGCUUCCUCCCCUUCAGAUUGGCAGGCAAGCCUAAAUGCGGCACUUGCAACUUGGAGUUUGAUCUAUUCGAGUAUCUCCGACGACACGCGGACAAGGAGCAUCUAAAUAAAUGCUUCAUUUGCGAGAUUUGCGGAAAGAGUUUCUUAUACGAAAAAUAUUGUUCUGCGCAUGUGAGAGAUUUCCACAAGGACGGUUACGAAUGUAAUUACUGUGAUUUGGUAUUCUCCUCUAAUCAUAAGAAAAUUCUCCACGAGCGGUCUGCUCAUGAGGGCAAAGUGUACAAGUGCUCGAUGUGUGACGAAACUUUAAAGAGUUUGUAUUUAAAAAACGUGCAUUUGUCUGAAGUGCACAAGGUCGAAGAGAGAAGAAUCAAAUGUCCACAUUGUCCAAAAGUGUAUCCUCAGAUCAACACAAUGCAGCAACAUGUAAGGCGUGUUCAUUCGAAAGUUAAACAGCCCGUGUACGCCGUCGGGCAGCCGAUGGUGAAUGAAAAAGCAUUAUAUAAUACAUUCCAUGUACACAAUCCCAUGGAAAAAAUUAGAUUCAAAGAUCUAGAGCUUGAUUACGACUAA